AUGCGAACAUCAAUCCUCACAGGCCUCGCAGCCUUCACUACCCUCACUCUCGCCCAAGAUACAUACUGGUCAAACCAAUCCGCCCCCUUCUACCUCGUCAUCCACUCCAAAAACGCCACCCUAAACGGCCAAUACCUAGGCGCCUGUCACGAAGGAGCCGCCAUCGAAGGCCUCUGCGUUACAGCUCCAUCAACAGAAAACUACGUAACCUUCACCUACAACACCUCGACCCAAGAAACCACGCCCACCUCGGGUCUCCUCGCCUGGUCCCUCCCCUACAACGACGGCCUCACCGUCUCGUCCGCCAUGCGCUUCUCCUACAACCCCGCCUCGAACGUCGCGCUCCCGCUGUUCUUCCCGGGCAACUCGGAGGUCACGCAGGUCUCGUGGGUGAACGAUCGACUGACGGUUCCAAGCUAUCAGGAUGACUCGAAGCCGCUGCCGAAUUAUACGAAUGAUCCGCUGUUCAGGUGGCAGGUCUGCAAGACGUAUUAUGGGUAUCCGUAUCAGACGCUUGCGUGGACGUUGGGGAACCACAGUCCGCAGAAUCCGACGUGUCAGAAGGUGGAUGUGGUGAGGAAGUUUGUGUGA